AUGGCACAAGAAUACAAACUAAAGGAUAUUACCUCUUUUGCUGCCCUCAACUCCACUGACAAAGCUGAGUUCGAGAUCGAGGGUAUCGCAGAUGGAAAGGUUCUCCUCAUCAAGCUUGAUGAUAAAGUGCACGCUCUCUCUCCUCGGUGUAGCCAUUAUGGUGCACCCUUGAAGAACGGUGUUGUUACCAGUGACGGAAGAAUUACCUGUCCAUGGCAUGGAGCCUGUUUCAAUGUCACAACUGGAGACGUCGAAGAUGCUCCCGCACCCAACGCUCUGAAUAAAUUCGAAGUCUUUGAAAAAGAGAAUGCAGUCUAUAUUCGUGCCAGAGAGGAAGAUGUCAAAGCGGGACAACGCAACCCAGUGACGAAAUGCAACGUGUCAAAGCCCGAGGAGAAGGUCAUUGUCGUUGGAGGCGGAAGCGGAACCCUAGGCCUAAUCCAAGCCCUCCGCGAAUUGAAAUACCCCGGCCAAAUAACAAUCAUCUCACAGGAACCAGACCUGAUAAUUGAUCGAACAAAGCUGUCCAAAGCCCUAAUCGCCGACCCAGCCAAGAUCCAGUGGCGUUCGAAAGAAUGGUACACCGAAGCUGCCAUCGAAACCCUAAACGAAGAAGUGACCUCCGUGGACUUCAACUCCAAAUCCGUGUCUACAAAGUCCGGCAAGAACCUGACCUAUUCGAAACUCGUCCUGGCAACAGGUGGAAUACCACGUACACUCCCACUACCCGGAUUUAAGGGUGAAUUGGACAAUAUCUUCACGCUGCGGGGGAUCAAAGACGUACAAGACAUCCUCGCCGCAGCCAACACUACCACCAAGGAAAAGAAAAACAUCGUGGUAAUCGGCAGUUCCUUCAUCGGAAUGGAAGUAGGCAACGCCCUCUCAAAAGACCACAACGUGACAAUAAUCGGCAUGGAAAGCGCCCCAAUGGAAAGAAUAAUGGGCGAAAAAGUCGGCCGAAUCUUCCAAUCAAACUUAGAAAAGAACAACAUAUCUUUCAAGCUAAACGCCAGCGUGGACAAGGCCACUCCAUCCCCAUCGUCCACCUCCUCCGUAGGUGAAAUCCACCUAAAAGACGGAACAGCCAUACCAGCCGACCUAGUAAUCCUAGGCGUGGGAGUACGUCCAGCAACUGAUUUCCUAUCCUCAAACAAGGAUAUCACCCUCGAAAAAGACGGGUCGAUCAAAACAGCAUCCCAUUUCCUCGUUGAUUCACUCAGCGAGAAUGAAUCCGUCUUCGCAAUUGGCGAUAUAGCAACAUACCCCUACUUCGGGCCGGGCUCUCAAUCAAACGGAGGAAGUCCAAUAAGAAUCGAACAUUGGAACGUAGCCCAAAAUGCCGGACGAGCAGCUGCGCGGGCGAUAGUGCAUGCGCGGCAUUCGCCUAUCUCGUCUCUUCCAGUGAAGAAUUUUGUUCCUGUUUUCUGGAGUGCGCUCGGUGCGCAGCUGCGGUAUUGUGGAAAUGGGGCUGUGAACGGGGGGUAUGAUGAUGUUGUGUUCCGGGAUGCUGGGGAGGGCAAGUUUGUCGCGUUUUAUACAAAGGGAGAUGUUGUUGUUGCUGUUGCUACUAUGGGGGUUGAUCCUGUUAUGGUUAAGUCGGCAGAGUUGAUGCGUGGGGGGAGGAUGUUGGGGAAGAAGGAGAUUGAGGAGGGUGGUGAUGUCUUGGCUGUCAAGAUUUGA